AUGGUUUUACCGCGCUGUGCACCAGUCAACGGUGUCCGUCAUUAUGUGACAGCCACCGCUCCAAUUGCCGCUUUGCGAGCGGCGCAACAUGGAAGAACAGCAGCCUACAGGAGAUUACUUUCAUCGAAGAUACAUUCUCCUCUUCUGCAAUCCUCCUUACAUCCUUCACCCUUCUCCUCUCGACGAGCUCCGUCGGAUCAAAUCAUCCUAAGAUCUCUACACACCUCCCGACCCCAAUACCAACAAGCACAACCAAAGGAAGACGUCCGAGACCCACCACGGGACGAACAACCCAAGAAAGAGUCCGGCAAAGGAAAGGAGCAAACAGAGGGUGAAAAAGGUCAGAACGAAACCAAAAACGAAAAAGAGGCGGGUCCUCCUCCACCACCUCAUGGGGACAAGACUCCGUGGCAAGUUUUCACCGAAACACUGCGUUCCGAGUUCAAAGCCUCCAAAGAAUGGAAUGAAUCAACCAAACAACUUUCCGGUUCGGUCCAUCAAUUUACCGAAUCUGAGGCUGUUCGACGGGCACGGGAAGCCUCCGAAGCUGCAUCGAAAGGAACAUCUCAGGUGUUGAAACGUACAGCGAGUGCCAUUGGACAAGGUGCGGCAUGGACAUGGGACACCAAAGUUGUUCAAGGAAUUCGACAGGGUGUAAAUGCAACUGGUCGUGGAAUUGAACGAGCCACUCGCCCUGUUCGAGAGACGCAGGCAUUCAAAGAUAUCUCAGAAGCCGUUGACGAUGGAAGCAGCUCAAGAUAUGGAGGCUGGAUUGAGAAAGAAGAGCGACGAAAAAGGAGAGAAGCCCAGAGGUUGAAAGAGGAAAAAUCCGGCCCAAAGCCAGCCGAACCUCCGGUGGCAGAUCCGAAUGCGGGAACCAACAUCACCGUCCACAAAGAUUCAGCCUGGAAAGAAUCGUGGAACAAGUUCAAGGAAAAUUCGAAGUUCAUGCAGGGUCUCUUCAACAUGAAGACCACUUAUGAAGAGUCGGAAAAUCCCUUGAUAUCCACGGCACGAUCCAUCUCGGAUCGAGUCGCGGGCUUCUUCGCUGAAAAUGAAACGGCCAUGGUGAUUAAGAAGUUCCGGGAAAUGGACCCAUCAUUUCAGCUGGAACCAUUCCUACGAGAUAUGCGAGAAUAUAUCCUGCCUGAAGUGCUGGAUGCCUAUGUCAAGGGAGAUGUUGAAACUCUGAAGCUUUGGCUGUCCGCAGCACAAUUUCAGGUCUACUCGGCUCUGAUGGAACAGUAUACCAAAGCAGGACUCAAAUCGGAUGGACGGAUUUUGGAUAUCCGGAAUGUGGACAUCCUGAACGCCAGAUUACUGGAACCCGGUGACAUUCCAGUCUUUAUCAUCACAUGCCGGACGCAGGAAGUUCAUGUUUAUCGAAACAAGAAGACAAACGAAUUGGCUGCAGGGAUGGAAGAUAAAGUCCAACAAGUCACGUACGCCAUCGGAGUGACGAGACUACCUGAAGAAGUCAGCAACCCCGAAACCAGAGGAUGGAGAAUGAUCGAGCUGCAAAAGGCCGCGAGAGACUAUAUCUGA